AUGUCUUAUUUAAUUACCGAGGCUUAAAUACCAAUUCUAGAAUCUCUUGAUUAGAAUGCAGCUAAAAAAUUAAAAGAGAUGUGUAAAGACAUAGAAGGCUUAAUGAUGAACACUAAUUCUAGAAUUUCUACACUAUUAUAAAAUUAGCAAACAAGCUUUUUUAAGGCAUUUAAAAUAGUUGUAGAAGAAAUAUCAUCUGAUUUUAGAAAUCUAUAAUAGAAAUUUGAAGAAUACAUCGCAUACCAUGAAAAUGAAACUGAAGUAUGUAAUUCUUUUUUUAAAUACUAGGUAGUAAAUGCUUAAAAUAAAUUAGUCUUUUUUAGAAAUGAAUGUUAAGUUCUCAACAAAUUAUGUACAGAAUUGAAAUAUGAAAAUUAACAAUUAAAAGUUAAGAUAAAAGAGCUUGAUUAGGUAUUCAAAUAAAUAAAUUGAAAGGAAAUUAAUAAUUAGAAAUUGAUACUAUUNAUGUUUAACCCAACUCCUACAGAAUUCUAUUAUAACAUUAAAAAUAUUGACGAUUAAAGUGAAAGUACUGACGACGAAGACUAUGAGCAAUUUGAAAUAGAGUAUGAAGUAUUUAAUAUAUUUUAGUGUUUAACCAAAAAAAAAGUACUUUGAAACAAUUGAAGAAAAAAUAUAAUUUAUUGAAGAAUAUACAAAAAAGAAAAAGACUGAAUUAUGCAAAAACUUUUAAUUAAUGGGAUUUUGUAAAUUUGGGGAUGAUGUAUAAAACUUAUUUAUUUUUUAGUGUUCAUUCGCUCAUGGAUAUUAAGAAUUGCAAGCUAAAACUCAUCUUCAUUAGAAAUAUAAAACAAAACCUUGCAACAGAUAUUUUAGUUAAGGAUUUUGUCCAUAUGGAAUACGAUGUUAAUAUUUGCAUGACGAAUUAAAGGAUUAAUAAAAAUUCGAAAAGUUUUUAUAAGAAUCAUACUAAGAGUAAGGCAUGAAGCCUUCAAUAGCUAGAAGUAUAAUUUUAAAUUAAAUAUUAGAAUAUCUCAACAAUUAAGAAAGACUUGACAUUUAAAGAUUUCAGCAAGUUUUACAAAAAUUCGUCCAAAAAGGAUUUAAUGUUGAUUUGCCUAGACGAUCAAAGUUCUUUGUUUAAUUAGAAAAAAAAUAAAAUUGA